UUUUGUUAGUUUCUUUUCUCUCGCUGCUUUUGUUUUGUUGCUGUUUCUUGAUUAAUUCCGAUGAUGCGGGCAUCUUUGUUUCAUGCAUUUUGUCUCAUGUCAUGUUCUGUGUGUAAUUCACCCAUCUGCAAAAAGAACUAAAAAGUUUCUUUCUUUGCUUCUUUUGCUUUUCUGUUUUUACCUUUUUGACUUUUUAAUCCCCUCUCUGUCUCUUUUUCCCUCAUUGCAUUAUUGUACAUUUCCCCAUUUUGAUAGUUAUUUUUGUUUGUUCACACAAAAUGCCUACCAUGUGGGCUUUAUUUAUUUUUGUCUAUUGUUCUUAACAUAUGCGUGACUGCAUAUAAUUAAAAUAGUAGUAUUUUGUGUACUCUCUGAUAAGGACUUAUUUUCAUUUUCAUUUGUUUGCUAUUAUCAAAUUAUAUAUGGAUUUCCCUAUCUUUCACUAUCUUAAAUGAUGUCGACUCAUAACAAUCUCUUCUGUUUUUUUUUUUUUGGAGUAUAUCAUUUUCUAUUGUAAUUCAUUUGUUCUUUCUUUAAUACAAAAUCAUUUGAUCCUAUCCUAUAUACUCUUAUAUACAGACUUUGAUAUUUUAUGACAAACCCCACUUGCUUCUUUUUCCAGAUUCAUGAUUUUGCUAAGACUUUAGGCUUCAGUUAUGUUAUUCAAGUUUUGUGUAGUAGUGUGCAAUUUUUUAAAGUGCUCCUGAAGUGGUAAAUGAGUUAUUGUUAUUUUCUUCAGCACCUUUUGCAGCCAGUAGCCGUUCUGAGAGUGAGAGGCAAGAAGCUGCCCUUCAUCUUUCGAAUGCAUAUUGAGGUCAGAGGUUCCUAUUCUUGCCUCAAGUUUGUGUUCUUGGUUCUUUCUGUUUCAAAUAAGCAUCUAUUAAUUUGGAGUUGAUAGAAGGGACGGUCAUUGUCAUAAUGGGCGGAUGUGUAUCGACAGCCAAUAAGAAAACCAGAUCACAUAGGAAACGCCACCUUAAGUUUACCAACCAUCGCGGGAAGAUUUCCACUUCUGUUCCUGAUGUACCUAUGAAGCGUUUUAGUGAUGCUGGACUAGGAGAUUUCGCUGUUAGAGAGUUUGUUCAUCUUGACUUUGAGAAGGGUGCAGCAACUACUUGCCGGAGAUCUGAAGCUACUAACAAGAAUAUUCAUCACACCCAGCUACAAUGGAACCAUAGCCAAAUUGCUGGAAAUGGAAUAUGCCAAGAGGAAGUAUGGUUUGACUCUGUUAGUAUUAUAGACUCAGAUUCAGACGACGACUUCAUCAGUAUACAUGGAGAUGGCUUUCCUACUGUUUGUAGUACAAUUGGGCAAAAACCAAGUGCUCAAGUGCUACAGUAUGGAGCUGCAUCAUGCUUUGUAGAUACUGGAAGCAAGUAUGAAGGGUUUUAUGAAAGCUACCUGAAAAUAGAUGGAGGAGUUCCUAAGAGUGAUGAAAUAUCUACUAAGACAAAGAAAGUAAUGGAUGAUUCUUAUGGAAGUUUUAAAGGCCUGAAAGAGCUCUCUUAUGAGACUGGAGAGAAAGUUCAAGAAAAUAGAAGGAAAUCGACAGUCAUUAUGAUUUCUUUAAAGAGGAAAUCAUGCGACCGAGACGAAAGGACUCAAUUCUCAGCUGGAAGAUUGCUAUAUCGCCCAAGAGCAGGAUUUCAAAUACCAGGUUCAAAAGGAGAAAAGCCUACUUCAGGAUGCUGGUCUGAGGUUUCACCUUCAGUUUUUAAACUCCGUGGCGAGAAUUAUUUCAGGGAUAAGCAGAAGUGCCCUGCUCCAAAUAUCAGCCCCUAUAUACCAAUUGGUGUUGAUUUCUUUGCUUGCCCACGAAAGAUACGUCAUAUCGCUCAGCACCUUGAGCUUCCUUAUGUGCAACCACAUGAGAAUUUGCCGUCUCUUCUAAUUGUUAACAUACAGCUUCCCACUUAUCCUGUUGCCAUGUUUCAAGGUGAAUGUGAUGGGGAAGGCAUGAGCCUUGUAUUAUAUUUCAAACUAUCUGAUAAUUUUGAUAAAGAGAUCUCUCCCCAUUUUCAGGAGACCAUUAAGAGACUGGUUGAGGACGACAUGGAAAAGGUUAAAGGCUUUGCAAAGGAGUGCACAGUUCCUUUCAGAGAAAGGCUAAAGAUUCUGGCAGGGCUGGUUAAUCCAGAGGACUUGCAAUUGGGUUCUGCAGAAAGGAAGCUUAUUCAGGCUUAUAAUGAUAAGCCAGUGCUUUCGCGCCCUCAACACGAGUUCUUUAGGGGACCAAACUACUUUGAGAUUGACUUAGAUAUACAUCGUUUCAGCUACAUAUCUCGGAAAGGACUUGAAGCAUUCCGAGAACGCAUGAAACAUGGGAUAGCUAAUGUGGGCUUAACCAUUCAGGCACAAAAACCAGAGGAGCUGCCGGAACAAGUGUUGUGCUGCGUGUGCUUGAAUAAGAUUGAUUUUGUAAAUCAUGGCCAAAUACCCACCAUUGUAACUAGGGAUGAAUGAUUUAAUUAGGCACUGAACGACAAGGCCUCUACACCGAAUAAUUCUGGCAUACGAAUCAUUUGCGAAAUGUAUUUUGUAGAAACCAGACCAUCAUUAUCUCUACUGAUGAUUGAAAAGAAGAAAAAGAAAAAAAAAAAAGAAAUUCAUUUUAUUUCCUUUUGAAUA